CAUAAAUUAAAUACUAAAGCUCGUUUAUCUGGGAAACUAAUACAGUUAAAAUCUUAAAAUUGUGCAUGUAUAACUGUAAUCUCCAUGUCAAUUGGCGGUCUACCCAUGAGAGGAGCGGCACCUCACAUAUUAAUUAAAUACAAAUUUCGUUUAACUGGGAAACUAAUAUAACUAAAUUCUUUAAAUUUUGCACAAUUUUAAGAAAAAGGAGCAGAUUUUCAUCUGGGGAUCUUGGAGCCCCCACAUAAAGAAAAUAGAAAAAUUCGUAUAUCUGAGAAUCCAUUAGAGCUAGAAUCUUUAAAUUUUACUUGAAGAAUUUUGACAUUCAUCUGAACAUUUAGAGUAUAACGAGCGAACUUUUAAUGGGGACUUGACAUCUCCCAUAUGAAUUAUAUACAUAAUAUUGCAUAUCUAGGAAAAUAUAGAACUACACGCAGAGAAAAUACAUAGUUUGACAUGGUUACAGUAGUUAUGUUUACACAAGUAGCCUAUUACGGCUUUACUUGGGUCCAUGUUAAUACCUUUGUAAAGAUACCUGUAACAAAAAGAAAGAGAAGAAGAGAUAGGGAAGAGUGGAAGAGAUAGUUGCAAAGAGAAGGAGAGGAUGAGAAAGCCAGGGCAGCUGCCGUUAAUGAAUAGUGUGAGUAAUAGAAUUCACACCCAUUUUGACAAAUUAAUGAACUCUAGAAGACGUUCUAAUUGAAUGUUUGACAAUUCGGAUAGAUCACCAAAAUAGGUCGAUCCAAGCAUCCGAAAGCGGGCCUCCGCCAAAGCAGGGCAAUCGCAAAGAAGAUGAGUAAUAGUCUCUUCUUCGUCCUCGUUUUGACAACUCCUACAGUAAUCGUUGAACUGGAGACCCAUGCGUCUAGCCUACUUUUUUAUUAUUAUUUAUGAAUUCAAAUUUACUGAAAUGUGGUCUCAGCGCCUCUAGGGCUUUAUUGAGACAACGUUGGCAAGAAUUCAAUUAUAAUUAUUUUUACAACUUAAUUUUUUACAAAAUUAUAACAAUAAUAGAAUUAAAAAAAUAAAUAGCAUUUCAAUAUUAUAUAAAUAAAUUUAUAUCAAUCUUUUCGAUCGUACAUAUUUAAUAUGAUUUUUCCAUGAUAAAUUAUUUUGCAAAAUAAUUCCUAAAUAUUUUAUUGUGCUUACUUCAACAAUCUGUUUCCCAUCAAUAAAUAAUGCGCUUUCCUCUAAAUUUUUAUUAGGUUGGGGUCUAAAACGUACGAUUUUUGUUUUAUUGUUAUUCAGUACCAUUUUAUUUAUUCCUGCAAAUUCUAAAAUAAGUGCUGCAUCCCUUUCUGCAAAUGUUUUAAAAACUAAAUUUUCUUUGUAUGAGUAAAUUAGACAUAAAUCGUCUGCAUACAUUACAAUUUUCCCUUUUAGAUCCACAUUAUUGAUAUCAUUAACAUACAUGUUAAAUAAUAAAGGACAUAACACACUUCCCUGAGGAACCCCGUACUCAACGUUACCCAAAGAACUUUUGAAUUUAUUUAUUUGCACAUACUGCUUACGAUUUGUCAAGUAACUUUUGAAAAACUCCAAUUCUCUGUCUCUUACACCAUAAAAUUUAAGUUUUUCAGCCAUUAUUGAGUGAUUUAUAAGAUCAAAGGCCUUAGAAAAAUCAUAAAAAACCACAUCUACUGUACUGAAACCCCUAUCCACACCAUCAGAUAUAUAAUUGACAACUUCUACCACUGCAUUAUCAGUACCACAAACCUUUCGAAACCCGUACUGAUUUGGAUAUAUUUAGUUUUCUUUCUCUAAAAAUACCGAUAAUUGAUGGUGCAAAAUCUUUUCGAAUACCUUAUCUAUAACUGAUAAAAUAGCGAUAGGUCGGAAUUUGUCAAGUGUAUUACCAAGAACUUCCUUUGGAAUUGGAAUGAUCUUGUGAAUUUUCAGAUAAUCAGGCCAUACUGAGUGGCUAACAGAUGAAUUGAAAAUUCUUGCUAAUAUUGGUGACACAAGUUCCCUACAUUCCUAUAAACAUCUUGACGUUAUGCCAUCAGAUCCUGGGCUUUUAUUCAUAUCUAAAUAAGAAAUUAAUUGAUAAAUUUCAUUUUCAUUAAUGUGAUCGAAGACAAAUUGAGUACAACUCUCUAGAGUUGUACUCAAUUCCGUUAUUUAAAUCCUUAACAGAUUUUAAGAAAAAAUUAUUUAAUGAUUCAGCUUUGUCAUUAUCAUUCUGGAUUAAUACAUUAUUAUCAUUCUUAACAGUAAUAUCAGAUCUAGAAUUUCUUCCUAAAGUCUUAUUUAUAAAUUGCCAACACUUUUGUGGAUUAUUCCGAACAUUAUCUAAAUUAUUAUGAUAAUAAUUAAUCAUACACCUCUUAAUAGCCGUUUUUAUUAUUUUACUAAUUCUCCUAAUAGAUAUAUUAAUAUCAUCUUCUUUCCUCUUUUUUCUUUUUUUUAAUAAUUUAUUUUUGUGACUUAUGAGAGCUAGUAUAUUACCAUAAAUCCAUGGUGUUAAUUCAAGUUUUAAAUCUUUCCUGGUUCUAGAUAGUAUUGUUGCAGAAGCAACAGCAAUUGUCAUUGACUCUAUUAAGUAAGAAGUGUCAACAUUAGGAUCAUCAGUCAAGUCUGAAACAGACAGAGUACGACAUAUCCCUAACUUGGUUAUAAUCACAAUAAUAACGAGUAACAUCUACUUAAUCGGUCAUGUUCGAUUUACAAUCAAUUCUAAUAUUCCUAAGAUUAUGAUCUGAUAACUGCCACUCUAUAGAAUCAACUUUAAUUUCAAAAUCAAAAUUACAAAAUACAUUAUCUAUUGAGGUCCCACUGCUAGGUCUAGUAAUGAGAGUAUGACAGUUUCUAACAUCGUAAAAUUGAAAAAGGUCAUUUAAAUCAUGUGCCUGAGGAUUAGUAAUGAAAUAAACAUUUGAAUCACCUACAAUUAUACAAGGACUCUGAGAUACAGUCAUAAGACAGUUUUCUAUAUAUUCAAAGAAUUUAUCAAAAUUACACUUUUGUGAUCUGUAAAAAGAUAAUAGCUUCAUAGAUUUUCUAGUUACAUUAUGACUUUCUAAGUUGAGCACGAUAGAGUCAAUAAAGUAUUUACUCUCACAGAUUUCAACUGAAAAUAAUAUAAAAUCUCGAACAUAUAUUGAUGUACCACCGUAAGAAUCAGAUCUACAAUAGUGAACUGUGUUAUAACCCGGAAUUCCGUAAAGUUGUAUCAAUUUACUAUCAAACCAUGUUUCUUGAAUACAAAUAAUAUCUGGUAGUUUUGGUAAAGCAUUCUCACGACGAUGAGAUCUUCGAGUAUUAUUUGUGGUUGCUUCUAAUAAUAUAUUAUCAACUUCAUCAAACGAUUUGAUAAGCUUAGGUUUUGAAAAUUCACUUCGUUUAGCGUAUAUACGACCAGCUAAACUAUAAACACGACGAUAUCCAAUUUUUUUAGACUCUUAGCAUGGUUAAGCAAAGAGAGAGUUUUUUUACUUAAAAAGUCGUUGAUAAAUAUUGACAUGUCUUCUUUUUCCUUUAGUUUGGGUUUUACUGACAUAACCAUCUGUUUGGCUUUUUUGUUGUUGAAUUUUACAAUCAUAGUUUGCUUCUGCUUAUUAGUUUUUCUAGUUUCUGGGUUUUUAUUUUUCAAGAAAAAUGACUCAUCUAUGUUUGUAGCUUCUAUUUUCACAUCAAAACCUUCUAAAAACUUCAUUAAUGUUUCAACAGCAUCUGUAUCUUCCUCACAUUCCAAACCAUUAAUGAUACAAUCAUUUUUGACCCUUUGGUCAUUUAGGAUUUUUACAGAUGUUUUUAAAUCAGCUAUUUCUUUUUUUUAGGUUUUUGUUUUCCUUUUGCACAGCUUUUAUUUUCUUUUUGUUUUCAUUUAGUAUAUCAUCGAAUUUUGUUGACAUAAGGUGCAUUGUUGCUUGUAACUCAUCCAGUUGAUUUAGUUCUUGUUUGAGUUCUUGUUUUAGGUCUCCACCGCUUUCGUUACAAUGGUGACAAAUAUACUCAUCGCUCUCAUUUUGCAACAGCUGAUCAAAUUGACGUUUGUCGAGAGUUGUACAAAUAUCAUGAUAAGUAUUAGAGCAUUUAUCACAUUGAAUUCUCCCAUCUUCUUCAAUUAGUAAUAUACAUUGGCCACAUAAUAUUUUUUUAAUAAUAGGUAUAAUUACGUCUUUCUCCUGGCAUAUUUGAUAUUAUUCUAGUAACUUACAGUUGAUUUUAUAUACAGUAUAAACCAGUGCCUGUGUUCCGUAACUUUCGAAUUGAAAAAGUUUUCACAUGGAACAUGUAAACUGAAACAAAAACGCAAUGAAUAGAAACAAAAAUUUACUUUUCGCAUUAAACUGUCUCUGUAGUAUUAUUUUGGGAGAAUAUAUCGUCAUUUCACCUCCCAACUGGAAUAAUAUACAAAAGAGCGUUUCUAUAAAGUAGCCGAUCGAAAAAAGUAUACUUUUAAAUGUCACAAAUACUCACAAUUAAAAACUGUUACAAACAUUUGAAAGUCGUUUAAUAUACAAAUAUAAUUUUUGCAAUUAAAGAGUUUUUCUUAACAAAAUGAGUAAGGUAAACAUAAAAUGUGUUGUAAGUGUUGAUUAAGUUGAUAAGAUUAGUUUAAUAUGUAUUUACAGAAUAACCAACGAAUUUCUAAACUGCAAAAAGAAAGAUUGGUAGAAUAUAUGUCAGCUAAUUUAGAAUUUGCAAGAGGACAAUUUAAUAGAUUAAAUUCUAAUGUACAUUUUAAAGAAAAAUGGGAAUCGCUUGCUAUUAGCUUAAAUUCCUUAGGAGGAAGUGACAAGUCUGUCGAACAAUGGAUAAAGUGUUGGAUUGACCUUAAAGCUGCUGUUAAAAAACAUAUUAACAAUAGAAGAAGUAUAAUGAACAAAACAGGUGGAGGGAGUUGGCAGGAAAUUCCCCGUGACCUUAAUCCUUUGGAAGAGGAAAUAUUAAAAAUUAUUACAACGGAUGCAGUAGAUGGUGACGGUUAUACUCCAGAAAGUGGAGCACCUCUUAAUGAAUCUUUUUCAAUUGAAAUAUUAGAGGGGGAAGAGGAUUGUGUUCCAAUAAAAAAAUUAAGAAAAAUCCACAACAUAAUGCACCAACAAACACUUCAAAAUACAAAGAAGCGAGCUUCAAAAAUGCACUCAGCAUUACUAUCUAAAAUUGAAGAUUUAUCUUAUCAAAAUAAAUUAAUUUUAGAGAAAAUAAUUAAAAUUGAAGAUAAACUAAAUUAACUUAACAUACACAAAAUUCAAUUUUUAACAAUCCUUAAAAUUAAAUAAUUUUUAUAUAAUAAUUUUUAUAAAUGAAAUAAAAACUUUUAUUUUUUAUAAUA